AUGCCCGGCAGCGCCGAGGGAGGGGGUCCGGAGGGAGGAGCAGCCCCAGAGCGCCGGCUGACGUGUCCACCAGGUGGCUCCGCCCACGGCCCGCGCCUGCGCACGCCCGGCCCGGCCGCUUCUCGCGUCACCGGUGACCACAACAUGGCUGCGGCGCCGGUUGUGCUGCUGCUCUGGCUGUUGGCGCUCGUGCCGCCCCAGCUGGUGCCGACGCAGCCCCACGCGAGCGCGGGUCGGCGCUUCUCGGAGCACAAACUCUGCGCGGACGACGAGUGCAGCAUUUUUGGAUAUUUUCCAAAGGAUUUAAUCAAAGUAGUCCAUGAAUAUACUAAAGAAGAGCUACAAGCUCCAACAGAUGAGACAGAUUUUGUUUGCUUUGAUGGCGGAAGAGACGAUUUUGAUAAUUAUAAUGUAGAAGAACUUUUAGGGUUUUUGGAAUUAUACAAGUCUGCAACUGGAGAUUCUGGGAAAGCUGUAGAAAAAACUUCUCUGCAUGUGCAUGUGGAAAAAACUCCUGAAGUAUCUAAGGAAACUGAACCUAAACCUGAACCAGAAGAAGCCAACUUAGGGGAAAACAAAAGUGUGUUUCUAGAAAAGACUAAUGGUCUCAAGGAACGGUUUAUAGCUGAGAAGAAACAUGCAAACAGUCAAAUGGGCGAUUCUAAGGGAGAGCAGUCUUUGUUUGAACCUCUUGAAGAAAUGCUGCAAGAUCAAUUAAAAAUGCCACAAAGUGAAAACAACAAAACCAGCAAUAGUUCUCAGCUUUUGAGUGAACAGGAGAUUGAUGCUUAUAAACUUUUGCAAAAGGACAUGACUCUGGACUUGAAAACCAAAUUUGGCUCAACUGCUGAUGCACUUGUAUCUGACGAUGAGACAACCAGACUUGUUACUUCUUUAGAAGAUAAUUUUGAUGAGGAAUUGGAUGCUGAGUAUUACACAUUUGAAAAAGAAGAGGAGAAUAAAGAAAAGCAGAAUUCAAAUGGAGAGCAUAAGGUUGAGAUAACUCUGCCUCCUGCCAUCAAAAAUGUUAAUAAAAAUAUACUAACAACUUGGGGGGAUACUAUCUUCUCUAUUGUCACGGGAGGUGAAGAGAAAACAGGUGUGAUGGAUUUAGAGAGUCCUUCUUCAGAGGAAGAAAAGGAAGAUGAUGACUCAUUCAUCCCAGAUAGCAAACAGGAGACACCAAGAUCAGCCAUAGAUUAUACUGGCCCUGAAAAUGUAGAAGACGGUCUUUUGAUUGUAGAAGUACCUGAAAGGAAUAAUGGGAAAGAUCCAGAAGUGGACACAGAACUUCACAUUAGAGGCAAAAGGAGGGAAGUUCAAGAACCUGAGAGGGGCCUGGUACAAAAUGAGCGUGAAUUAGACGGUGAGAGGCAGGAGGAGAUGGCUGUGCACAGCUCUACUCCAGACAGUAACCCUGACUCUUUAUUAGCUGCUGAAAAGGGUACAGACAUAUUAAAAUCUGCAUCUGGUGACAGAGAAAAUGACCAGAACGGAGCAGCUAUUCAAGUCUCAGAAGGCAGACUCCAUGGAGAAAAGCCUGGGGACCAGAUUUUGGAAGGUGGCUCAGAGAGUGGAUCUGUACAUAACGCUGCGAGGAAUCAAAUGAAUGAAGGAAAGAUUAAACGGGAAUCCUUGGACAUUGUUCCACUUUUGGGAGAUAAUCCACAUAAUGCACCCAGAGACAGUGUGGCAGAAGUGAAUGUUUUGGUAAGUGAACCAGAACCACACGUGCCUUCAAUGGAGCAUCAACAUGAGGAAUUGAAAGAGGAAGUAUUUCUUAAAACUCAAAAUCAGCCUGGAUUCUCCUCUUCAGACAAAAUCGGUUUGCUGAGAGAACAGAAAGCAGAGGCUCCCUCUCCGGGAAGAAAUCUUUCCGAGCAGCGAGCAAGAGCUGUGACCACUGCAGGCAGCGAGCGUGUGAGUGAGAAGACGAGGCCCGCUGUGGCAGAGGUCAGCGAGGACUCCUCCGGCAUGCGGGAGGCAGACCAGACUGACAGCGCACGAGGGCCAGGUUUCCGUGCUGUAAAUCCAGAAGCAGCAGAGGAUGACUAUCCCCCUGAAGAGCUACUGGAAGAUGAAAAUGCUGUCAUUGCAAAACAGUCUAGAGAGAAGAGCCCUGGGACUCAAGACAGGCAGGCAGAUGUAAAUGUGCAAGUUGCUGAAAGAGCAAUUUCAGGAACCAUUAACCCUGAUCUGGAAACUGAAGAAAACGAACAAGAAACCAGUAAGAUUUGGGAUACUAAAAGAAAAAGUGAACCUGCGGCCGAAGGAGUAGACACAAUAGGCAGGGACCCAGGCAGUAUGGUGGUGGAAAAAGAAGACAGCCCUUUGGUAGAUAAGAAAGCACAGAAACCAUCUGAUGUAAGUGACUUCCCGGACAAGGAGAAAACUAGGACUCCAGAGCUAGGCGAAGCAUUUCAGAAUAAAGAUGAUCUGAAGAAAGACAACCCAGAGGAACCCCUCAGGGUUUCAGAGAAGCCUGGCGGAGAACUCUUAAAAGAGGACCACGAGGAUAUAGAGAAAUUCAUGGAUACAGAAUACCAGGGUAGCCCACUGGCCGCCUCACUCCGGCCCCUUGCUUCGCCCAUUCUCUCAGCUCCUAAGCCGCCCGCGCUCAGCUGCCCGCGCUCAUCCCUGCGCCGCUUGGCGGUUGGUUCCUUCCACAUGGGCCUCGCCCUCGCAGCGCCUACUGACGUGUUCACGGUGCUCACUAUCGUCACCGUGACGGUGAAGGGAGACGAGUCAUUUGCCGUGAUCCAGAUGGUCUCCGUGAGAGGAGAUGGUGAAGGAGACGAGUCCUGUGCCUUGAGCCGGAUGGUCUCUGUAAGAGGAGGCAGUGAAGGAGAUGAGUCCUUUGCCGUGAUCCAGAUGCUCUCCAUUACAGGAGACAGUGAAGGAGACGAGUCCUGUGCCAUGAUCCAGAUGCUCUCUGUGAGAGAAGACGGUGAAGGAGACGAGUCCUGUGCCGUGAUCCAGAUGCUCUCCAUUAUAGGAGACAGUGAAGGAGACGAGUUCUGUGCCGUGAGCCGGACGGUCUCCAUGAGAGGAGAUGAUGAAGGAGACGAGUCCAUUGCCACGAGGCGGAUGGUCUCCAUUAGAGGAGAUGGAGACGAUGAAGGAGACGAGUCCUGUGCCGUGAGUGGGGCGGUCUCCGUGAAAGGAGGCAGUGAAAGAGAUGAGUCCUUUGCUGUGAUCCAGAUGUUCUCUGUAAAGAGUAGAGUUUAUCAAGUCACUGAACACCAAAUUUCUGACAAGGUGAAAAACAUCACAAGAGAAAAUCAAGAACUUGUACAAAAGCUGUCAGAUUACGAACAAAAGAUCAAGGAAUCAAAGAAAUAUAUUCAAGAAACCAAGAAACAAAAUAUGAUUCUUCGUGAUGAAGCAAUUAAAUAUAUGGAUAAAAUCAAGACACUUGAAAAAACUAAUGAAAUUCUGGAUGACACAGCUAAAAGUCUUCGUGUUAUGUUAGAAUCUGAGAGAGAACAUACUGUCAGGAAUCAGGACUUGAUAUUAGAAAACAUGAAAUCUAUAGAGAAGUUAAACAAUGUUAUCUCCAUGAAUGCUUCAGAAUUUUCAGAGGUUCAAAUUGCUCUUAAUGAAGGUAAGCCUAGUGAAGAGAAGGUGAAGUCUGAAUGCCAUCGGGUUCAAGAAGAAAAUGCUAGGCUUAAGAAGAAUAAAGAGCAGUUGCAGCAGGAAAUCAGAGACUGGAAUAAAUCACAUGCUGAACUCAGUGAGCAAAUCAAAUCAUUUAAGAAGUCUCAGAAAGAUUUAGAAGUAGCUCUUACUCAGAAAGACGAUAAUAUUAAUGCUUUGACUAAUUGCAUUACACAGUUGAAUCAGUUAGAGUAUGAGUCUGAAUCUGAGAGUCAAAAUAAAAGAGGAAAUGAGUCAGAUGAAUUAGAAAAUGGAGAGGUGGGAGGUAACCGGAGUGAGAAAAUGAAAGAUCGAAUUAAGCAGAUGAUGGACACUUCACGGACACAAACUACAAUAUCAGUACUUGAAGAGGAUCUAAAACUCUUUCAAUUUAAGCUAAGAGCCUGGAUAUCCACAAAAUGUAACCUGCAAAGCUCAACUGUUUUAUCCUUUACAGAUGAAAUAAAGCAACUAGAAAAGGACCGCAUUUCACUGCAGUCUGCCAAAGCUGGACUGGAGGAUGAAUGUAAAACCCUGAGGCAGAAAGUGGAGAUUUUGAGUGAACUAUACCAGCAGAACGAGAUGGCUCUGCAAAAGAAUUUGAGUCAAGAAGAGUAUGAGCGGCAAGAAAGAGAGCAGCAGCUGUCAACUGCAGAUGAGAAGGCGGUUUUGGCUGCAGAGGAAGUAAAAACUUACAAGCGGAGAAUUGAAGAAAUGGAGGAAGAAUUGCAGAAAACACAGCGCUCAUUUAGAAACCAGAUUGCUGCUCAGGAAAAAAAAGUACAUGCUAACUGGGUAAAAUUUCACGCUGCAGAAAGGGCUAUAGCUGAAGAGAAAAGGGAAGCCGCUGACCUGAGACUCAAAUUAUUGGAAAUAACUCAGAAGGUGGCACUGCUGCAAGAAGAGCCUGUGAUUGUAAAACCAAUGCCAGGAAGACAAAACACACAAAACCCUCCACGGAGAGGUCCUCUGAGCCACAAUGGCUCGUUUGGCCCAUCCCCUGUGAGUGGUGGAGAAUGCUCCCCUCCACUGGCAGCAGAGCCACCCGGGAGGCCUCUCUCCACUACACUCAACCGAAGAGAUAUGCCUAGAAGAGAAUUUGACCCAGGAUCUGGUGCAGCUGCCGUGAUGAACAGCAACUCAAGAAGCUCUUCCCCUUCUAAGGUGAUGGACGAGGGCAAGGUUAAUAUGGCUCCUAAAGGACCACCACCUCCUUUUUGGGGGGUGCCCCCCAUGAGCUCCCUGGUUGGAGGCCCCAUCCCACCACCCAUUCGAUAUGGACCACCUCCUCAGCUCUGCGGGCCUUUCUGGCCUCGGCCAUUUCCUCCACCAUUCGGUCCUGGUAUGCGUCCACCACUAGACUUAAGAGAAUAUGCACCAGGCGUUCCACCUGGAAGAUGGGACCUGCCUUUUGACCCUCGGGGAUUUGUACCAGGACACACACCAUUUAGACCUUUUGGCUCUCUUGGCCCAGGAGAGUACUUUAUUCCUGGUAGCCGAUUACCACCCCCAACACAUGGCCCCCAGGAUUACCCGCCACCACCUGCUGCAAGAAACUUACUGCCUUCAGGCUUGAGAGAGGAGCCUUUACCUGCCUCUCAGAGCAGUAGCCAGGACUGUUCACGGGCAUUAAAGCAGAGCCCGUAACUAUAACUCUGACGGUUGGGGAGAAAGUGGACUAUACACUAUUCAUUAACAGUAAAGGACUUCGUUGGCUUCAAAAUCCAGAAGUUCACUUUAAGAUGUUUGUUUUAGAACUAAGCUGCCUUAGCAGUGUGCGUUUUUGAGCCAAACAAUUCAAAAAUAUGGUUUUCCUCCCUAGAUAAAAAUCGCCUCUUAAGCUAGAGCAUCCUUAUAAUUUUCAAAUGUGCAAUAAAGAAUAUCUGUGUUUUAGUUAAUGUAGCAUUUGUAUGUAAUUGCUAAAUGAUUUAGAAUGUCAUGAAAAAUAUAAACAUUUCCUGUGGAAAUGCUUUAAGAACAUGUAUUUCCAUUAUCCUGUUUUUAGUAUGCACCAGAUAAAUACAUAGCAAUGGUGUUUAUAAGACUGUUAUGCUAAAAAUGUUUACUAAAAGAUCACUAAACUUUAUUUCCCCUCUUGCUGAAGUUCUCUGUAGUAAUAGUAAAUAAAAGUUUGUUUUAUUAAUAUUU